AUUCAGCGGAAAAAAGGUUGGCCAAAAUAAAUAUAUUUAAUCAUUGUAAUAAAGCGGAAAAACACUAGAUUUAUAACAAUAAACUCAAGUAUGCACAUAUUAUAAUUGUCUGGCAAUAAAAAUCAAUUACACUACACUCAACAUGGAACUCGAUGAUAUAAUUUAUGUCGUUUGUUUGCUGACUUGCAUCGGAGCCGGGAGUUAUGUCAAGAAAAUACCCGAUGAAACACAAAGGAAAUUCCUAGGUACCGGGUUUGGUCUGUUAAUGGUCUUUUUGGUAUCAGGAUGGCAUACUUGGCAUUGUUUAUUGUCGGUUGGCAUGGGUGCAGCAGCAGUAAUUUAUGUACACCCCAGCAAAUGCCAUUUGGCUGCCUUUGUGGCCAUGUUUGGUUACUUGAUGUUUUUCCGUUUGGUGGACUUUUUUGGCUUUUCCGAGCCACCCAGUCACACAAAUAUGAUACAAAUGCUUUUGACCUUGAAGGUGGCUGGUAUAGGUUUUGAAAAAACUGCUUCCUGGAAGAAACUUCAACUACGUGAAAAAGAACAAAUUGAUAAGAAUCCUGCGGGGGAAGGUGGUCAGUUAGUAGAAAUUACCGAUUAUGAUGUGGAAAUUCAGUCAAUUAACAUAGUAGAGAUAUUCCAUUAUACUUUCAACUAUAUUGGCAUACUUACGGGUCCCUACUAUCGCUAUCGCACCUAUCGUGACUACUUUGAAACACCCUUUAAAAACUAUGCUCCCAAUGUACAGGCUACCGUGGAAAAACUUAAAAGUGCUGGUAUUUAUUGUGCUUUAUAUCUGGUAGCUAAUUAUAUAUAUCCCUUGAGUUACGCCCUAAGUGAUGAGUUUUAUACCCAACGUUCCUUUUUCUAUCGUCUAAUGUAUGUGUGGCCCACCUUCUUUAUAUUCCGUAUGCGCAUGUACACCGGUCUAACGUUGAGUGAGUGUGUUUGCACUAUGGCUGGCUUUGGCGCCUAUCCCGAUGAGUCAGAUGUGGCCAACGGUGAAGGUCCCCGUAAACAAUAUCAGCAUUUGAAGCGUGAUGCCGACAAGAGAACGUAUAACUUUACCUCGAUUGUUAAUACGCGUGUCAUGAACGUGGAGAAAUGCUGGACCUUCCGUGAGGCCAUGAAACAUUGGAAUAUCUGCGUACAGUAUUGGUUGGCAGUGAAUAUAUACAAGUUGUUCCCUAGCAAGAAAUAUAGAACUGCUGCCACAUUACUCUGCUCUGCCUACUGGCAUGGCUUUCGACCGGGUCAUUAUUUCUGUAUAAUGGGUGCUCCCUUGUAUGUGCCCCUCGAAGAUAUGUGGAAUAGUUUGGUGCGCAAAGAUGCCACCGGCUUGAAACGUCAGAUUAUCGAUGUCAUCUUUUGGAUUUCUAAAUUCUUUGCUUUCAGUUAUUUAGGCACUGCCUUUUUGUUGGUUUCCUUUGGCAAUAUUUGGAAAUUCUAUAGUUCAGUUUAUCAUAUUGGCUACAUAGGCUGGGCUAUAAUGAUGGGUUUGGGUAUUUAUUUGACCCAGCAAAAGAAAGCCGCUGAGAAACGUAGCAAAAGAGCUGCAGAGAAGCAAGCUGGUGGCGGCGAUUCGGUUAAUGAGCACAAAGAAAAAGUACAAUGAGAUUUCAGUGUAUUUUAAUGAAUGUCUUCUAAGCAGUCUUCUGAGCUAACAAAUUGCGUUUUAGAGAUAUAUUUUUUUUUGUAAACAAACAUUCGCACAAAUUGUUUUUUUUGGUGUCAUUUAAAUUAUAGAUAUUAUAGUUAUUACAGCUUUUUUUAUACACAUACAAACCUUUUUUUUAUAGAAUUUAUUAUUAUUAGCUUUUUAGCAGGUUUUUUUUGUAUACAUACGUUUAAUUAAAUAAUCAUUAUUAUUGGCUUAUUUUGUUUGCUUAAAAAAAUAUGUAUAAUUUAUUGUUUAAUUAAAACUAGUCUUUAGGCACUCAAUACAAUACUUUUUAUUAACACAAUGGGGUUUUUAAAUAAGAAUUUUUGAAAAAAUAUGUACUUGAGAUAAUUAGUAAUAAUAAUCAGCCCUAUUCUGUUAUAAAGUUUUCUAUAUUUUUAAAGUUGUUAGGAAAAAAGCAAGUUUUUUCAUUUCAUUUAUUAUAUAAAACUAGCAGUAUUUCUUUUAUUAGUUUAGUUUCUUUUGAAUACAUAAUUUAUGUCAAAGUUUCAAAUGUUCAAAAAAUAGGUUUGCAAAAUCCUUUUAAUAAAUACGAAAAGAAUAUUUCUUUCGUUACGAAAGAAAUUGAAUGAGCUUAAAAUUUUAUAAAAACAUGGGUUAAAUAUUUUCUUAAAAUUAUGUAUAAUUAAAUUCGAAUUUUACAGAAUGGGGCUGUUUUAUUCAAAAUAUUAGAAAAUUUAUAUUAAAUUCUUUUACAUUGUCAUACAAAAAUUAGCAUUUAAAUUUAUUUCAAUACAAUUUGUUUUGUAUAAAUGUUUUUUUCUAUUCGAUACCAGCUCGAAAUCAGCUUUAGUGUAAAUCCAAAAUAAAUGCAGUAAAAUUGGAAUAUUUUGUGUCAAAGUUAUAAAUAGUAGAUAAAGAAAAAAGGAAACUCUAAAAACAAAUAUUUUCUCUUCAUCCUUAUUGUAAUUUUCAUAAAGGUGGUUGGUAUUUCUUUUAAUCUAAGGCCUACUUUUGGGUUUUUCAAUUCCAAAACCAAGCUUUUUAUUUUAUAAUCAAUCUUUUAAAAAAAAGUGGCAAGUCCUGUAGAAAAUUAAAACAUAUUUUCGAAUAAACUAAAUAUUAAGUUUUUCAAUUUAUGCAUUGUAGACGUCUUUAGUACAGAAGCUUUGGAAAACACCAAAUGUCAUGCGGACGUGGGUUCAUCUAAAAUUAUAAAACAUCAACAUCAAUAUAUUGUUAAUUAAUAAAGCACAAGUAAUAUUUGUAUCAUGUAUUUAUAAAAGAGAAAAAAUUGUAUAUUCACCUGUUACCAGAGACAUGCGUCUCUUAACAUCCUGAGUGGUAUUGUAAGCGCCACAGUUUAAACAUUUCAAACCAAUAAAAUGGAAUUUUGUUUUGGAAGUCUAUAAAAGAUAA